GGCUGGGUGGCAAGUGGCAACUUUGAGCCAAGGGAUGGGGAAGCAAAAGCAGCCGGAACUCGCCGCCGAUCGUCCGGACGGAGUCGUUUCUGAUACUUCAGGCAUGUUCUGAUGGUGAAUGCUGAUUUGUUCUUAUUUUCAGUGAUUCAGGGUUUUGUUGUUCCGAGAUGCUGAAGAAUUAUUAUCAUAUACAUCCGAUUUGGAAGAGCAUCCAGGUCGCUGAAGAAGAAAAAUGCCAUAAUCUAGAAUCCUCAUUGUCCCAGGUUCCUCGUGGCCAGAGAUCAAAAGGGAGAGGGACGGAAAAGGUGACAGCAGCGCAAGAUGCUGGAAGCAAUGACAUAAGCAUUAUGGCAGUAAGCAGAAGUCAACUCGAUUUUGCUGCACAUCCACGGAAACCUCGGAAUGUGAGGACCAAACGGGCAGCAGAGCCUAGUGAUUCUGAAGUUACUUGCGAACGUUCUCUCCGUAGUUGCAGACAAUUGAGGAGGCUGAAGUGUAGCACCACGGUUGUUCAGAAAUGGGGAAAAUUAGACUCUGAAAAAUUUGAAGUAUACAUGGAGAGUGUAUGGAGAAGAUUUACGGAAGAGAGAAAGAAUAUAUUUACUUAUCUGGAUUCCUUGUGGUUUUCCUUGUACGCAAAAGAACCACUUAAAACAAAGGUGUUGAGUUGGAUCAAGAGGAAAGACAUAUUCUCAAAGACGUAUGUUUUUGUUCCAAUUGUACAGUGGGGUCACUGGUUUCUUUUAAUCUUUUGUCACUUUGGUGAAAGUCCACAGUCAACAACCAAAAGGCGCUGCAUGUUGUUGCUGGAUUCACUGCAAAAGGCCAAUUCGAAGCAGCUAGAACCUGAAAUUAGAAGAUUUGUCUUUGACAUAUUUAAAAUUGAAGCGCGGCCAGAAAAGAAAGAGCUAAUCAGUAAAAUUCCUCUUUUGAUUCCUAAGGUACCGCAACAGAAAUAUGGUGAAGAAUGUGGAUUGUUUGUUCUCUAUUACAUAAAUCUAUUCUUAGAAAUGGCUCCUGAUAACUUUAGCUUUUCCAUGGGCUACCCUCAUUUUAUGAAAGAAGACUGGUUCACUCAUGAAGAAGUGGAAUCCUUUGCCAAAGGACUGGACUCGAUGAAUGAAACUUCUGCCCAUUCAGAUUAAUGAUUCUUAAUAGUUAUAUUUAUAUAUGAUGUAUUGCUAAUCAGUGACUUUUGGCAAUAAGAAGGUAAAUGAUGUACAGUGAAUCAAUCAGAUUUAGGACAAGUGAAUUUAUGUUGGCCUUGGCAGUAAA